AUGACGGUUCAACAUGUCCAUUGUGGGAACCCAGCCUUGGACGGCCCCGAGCGAGAACUUCUCUCGCAAAAGCUCCGCUUCAAUUUGCUUGGACUGAAGGAGUUUGAGCAGUGUCACAUCCUGGCUCGUUGGAUCCGACAACUUUUUCUUCUGGCCCUCGACCGAUCACGCACGAAUCCCCGUCCAUUUCGGUCUUCACGACCGAUCCCUUGCCCGGACCCACAUAACAAUCAGCGUGAUCGAGCAGCUGCCACUCCAGUCAGUGGACAGCCAUUACCUACGGCACAAAUAUCGUAUGAGUCGGAACAGCUGCACGGAGGGCGGCCAGACACCAUCGCUUCGUUGCCAGUUACAGGUCUAGACUCAACGACCCCUGACUGCACCGCCAGCCUGGGGGCUGAGAGCCUCCUCACCCCCGAGGCUGCGCCGUUCGAUCGGUUUUUCCCCGAAGUAGAUGUGCAUUUCGGGUUUUGGAGCAAUCCUGAAUUGAUGUGGUUGCAAGCGUCCGCCGACGAGUUCACCAUGGCAGAUUCCUCUGGUUGGUUUGAUCAUGACUUUUCCCGUCCAGCGAAUCUGUAG